CACACACACGCUCACUCACAUACACACUCAGACACUCAAUCACAGACACACACACACACACACACGCGCGUGUGCGUGUGUCUCUGCAGUGGCUAUCUUCAGCUAACUCUGGUUGUGUUUUGGUCAGUUGUGUUGUGGCUAUGAUCAGGUGUAAUGGAAGGCAGCGAGUGUUUGGACUCCAGCGCUGUGAUUGCAGAUGAAGCCUCUCUCAUUGAAGGUGUGAGUGACUCUGUGCUGCUGGUGCUGGUGCUCAGCAUCACGUUACUGGCUGGACUUGCAACGCUGCUCUGCAGGAAUGAGCAGCACAGGAUUCACCCGGAGAAUCAGGAGCAUGUCCGUGUCGUCAGAGAGCAGCUUCAAACCGAACAGGUGUCGUCUCAAGAGUCGAGACAACAGUACUAUUCAGACAUGUCGUGUCCCGUGUGUCUGCAGCUUGCCAGUCUGCCCGUAGAGACCAACUGUGGCCAUCUGUUCUGCGGUCCGUGCCUCGUUGCCUACUGGCGUUAUGGCACCUGGCUCGGUGCGAUCCACUGCCCCAUCUGCAGACAAAUGGUGACCCUGCUAUUCCCUCUUUUCUACGACACGGGCCACAGCGCUCAAACGCAAGACGGGCAGGUGGAUCCCGCUCUGAUUCUCACUGACAUCAAUGAUUACAACCGCAGAUUCUCUGGACAGCUGCGAUCUCUGCUGGAUCGUCUGCGAGACGUGCCCACACUGCUGCGCCACGCGUUCAGGGAGAUGUUCUCGGUGGGCGGAUUGUUCUGGAUGUUCCGCAUCAGGAUUCUGCUGUGUCUGAUGGGUGCUCUGACGUACCUGGCGUCACCGCUCGACUUCAUCCCGGAGGGCGUGGUGGGUCUGCUCGGCUUCAUGGACGAUUUCUUCGUCAUUCUCCUCCUCUUCAUCUACAUCUCCAUCAUGUACCGUGAGGUGGUGACACAGAGACUGGCGUGAUCAACGGCAGCGCAGGACACAUGCGUGUGUAUGUGAUCUGAGCAGGUCACCGGGUGGCAUGACCGAAAGACAUCACAACUGUGCUUCAAAUCUCAAACUUUUGUUUGGUAGAAUUUCUGAAUGUUUGACACUAUAUACGAUUGCAAAAUAUGAUUAUUAUUUAUUACAUUUCUUUUUCCAAUAAAAAUAUUGAAAUAUCCUUAAAACAAGAAAUAAAUGCACAAUGCCAGAAGAAUAUUGAGUUUAUGCUUGAAAACAAGACAAAUAUGUGCUAAUGCUAACAUUUUAAACAUA